AUGCUGCAAUUGGUCCACCUUAAAUGUGGUGGAUUCCGGCGUGACUAUGGACUCGAUGACCCAACUGUGGAUAAACAGGCCGCGCAUGGGUCAUGGGUGGCUGGGACUGUCUAUGCACGUGGUCUCAAAGAGGCACCAGGGGCGAUAGAGGGUAAGCGGAUGCGAUUCCGGGGAAUUAGUCUAGAGUGGCAUAAGUUCCUAGGGUUCGAGGCGCCAGUGGCACGUAAACGGCGAUAUAGCCAGAUUGGAAAUGGUGAUGAGGAACAAGCAUGGAAACACCGGCAGGAGUAUAUUACUAUCGCCAUAAGCGAUGACGAAUAG